UUGGUCUACGCUCUCUAGCUGUGACUGGAGUUGCUUAAUUACAGGUAGAUAAUUUGGUCUGGAGAUAUGCACGUGUUUAUUUCACGCUUAUCUGCCUGCGCUGGCCUUUCCAAUUAAAACACGCUUCCAAACAGGUGUUCCUCCAGGAGCUGAAGGAAGCUGGUCAUGAGACAUAAAAUAAUGCCGGAGAAGGGGAAAAGUCCAGAUGCAGAAUCCGAACGAGAAUUGCGAGAGGGCCUCAAACUCAAGGCCACCCAGGAGAAUGCAGGGAAAGCAAUGAAAGGCCUCCAACCCGGGAACGCAGAGGCCUUUGCCAACAGGGGGGGCUCCAGGCCAGCCAGGAGUGAGGCAGGAGACCGGCGGUUGAAAUACUUAGAUCCCCGGGCUGCUUUGAAGGCGACGCAGCGCUCCAACCAGGAGGAACUGGUUUCUGAACCGUGGGAGAACGCCAAGGCCUGCCUGGCCUCAUUGGAGGGAGCUGCUGAGACCUACUGGCGGUACAAAGGGUUGGUGGAUCUCAGCAGAGACCCUCGAAGGGAGAGCAAGCAGACCAGCACUGCCAAGAUGGAUGACUACUGGAAGGUGGGAGAGGAUGCCCUGAGGGAUGACUCAGCGGCCACAGACAUGCAGCGAGCCCUUUUUAGGGAGUUCUGUUACUGGGAUGCCGAGGGUCCCCGCGAGGCCUGCAGCCGCCUCUGGUACCUCUGCCACCGGUGGCUGAAGCCGGAGAGGCACACCAAGGAGCGGAUCCUGGAGCUGGUGAUCCUGGAGCAGUUCCUGGCCAUCCUGCCCUCCGAACUCCAGAGGUGGGUCAAAGCUGCCAGGCCUCAAACCUGUGACCAAGCAGUGGCCCUGGCUGAAGCCUUUCCCCCAGGACGGCCACAGGAGGGACCAAGCCUGAUGCAGGAGGCGGCCCUGGGUUUCUCCACGGCUGAGCAGCCUCUGUCUGGGGCUGGAGAGAAACAUCUCAGCGCCAAGAUCAAGCAGGAACGGGAUGCUGACAGUGACUCAGAAGGAGAUGAGUGGGUGAUUGAGACAAGGCAGGGAGACCCCCAGCUGGAGGAAACGGAGCCAGUGAAACUGUGUGGGACCUCCUGGGAAGGACUCGAUUGGUCUGAAGAGGAUGGAGAUGGUCCUGCAGCUCUUGGGGAUGGAGCAGACCAGAAGGAUGAGGACAACCAAGAUCAGCGCAGAGCUGAAGUGUUUCCUCUAGCAAAAGAAGAUGGGGACUCAAGUCAACCCAUUGUGGUCAAAAGACAGCGCAGAAGUCGAGAGAAGAAGACAUGUGCUGUGUGCGGCAAGACCUUCAGCCGGAGUACUGUGCUUGCUGCGCAUCAGAGGACCCACACGGGUGAGAAGCCAUUCAUGUGCCAGAAUUGUGGGAAAUGCUUCAGCUUCAAGUCCACGCUGGUUGCCCAUGAAAGGACCCACACGGGAGAGAGGCCCUACACCUGUGAUCAGUGUGGGAAGAGCUUCACCGUCAGCUCAGUCCUCACCAGGCACUACAGAGUACAUAUUGAAAAGGAACUCUUCAGCUGCUCCGAGUGUGACAAGAGCUUCACGCAGAAGUCUCAGUUGCUCAACCACCAGAAGGUCCACGUGAGGGAGAAGCCGUUCAAAUGCGCCCAGUGUGGAGAGGGUUUCAGCCGCAGCUCCAGCCUCAAGAAACACGAGGGCGCCCACACGGGGCAGAAGCCAUUCAAAUGCCCCGACUGUGAGAAGUCCUUCAACACGUCCUCCCAGCUGGUCAAGCACCACCGAGUCCACACGGGGGAGAGGCCCUACACCUGUUCAGAGUGCGGGAAGAGCUUCAGCCAGUGGCAGAUCCUGAUGGUGCACCAGAGGACCCACACGGGCGAGAAGCCCUUCAAGUGCGCCACCUGCGGGAAGUGCUUCUCUGAUCGGGCGGUCCACAUCCGUCACCAGAAAGUCCACACGGGGGAGAGGCCUCACCAGUGCACCACUUGCGGGAAGAGGUUCACCCACCGCACCGUCUUGGUGAAGCACCAGAAGAUCCACGCCCGGGAAGCCCUGAAUCUGGCCAAAUUAAAAGAGGAGCAGCAGCAACACAAGGAAACUUCCAGCGACGCGGAGUUGGCCACCCGCAUUCCGAGGCCGCCGGAGCGAGUCGCGCACGAUUGGCAGGCAGCUCCGCGGCUUCCGCUGCCCGGGCCGGCGGGCGCGCGGGCUGCGUUCUUCCCGCAGUCGGGGGUUAAGCUGACAGAGCUGCGCCGCCCAGAGUGGAGACGGGCGAAGAGCGGCGCGCCGGCGAGGGGUCCCCCUUCCUUGCCUGCGCUGCCUUGCGGCCGGAGCGCCGUCGGCCUCGGGGUUCCUAGCCGCCGGGUCGCGGGCUCCCCGUCCGGCCUCGCGCCAAAGCCGGGGCGGGCAGAGCGCCCGAGGCGCCGAGCCCGCUUCGCGCAAGGGGAGGCGCCGGCUGGCCCCGCGCAAUUGGCCCGGCGGCGCAGCGGAGCCCGGGCAGGCGCGCGCUGGCGAGACCUCUCCGACGGAGGGAGCGGGGAGCCCGAACGCUCGCGCUCCCGGGGGUGCUUCCGACGGCGGUUUUCCCUCCGUGAGAGCCAGUCUGGCGCAGUGGUGAAGGCACAGGCUGCAACUAAAUCUGAUAAAAUGGCACAGAGAGGAAGGGUGCCAAGUGUUGGCCUCCAGUUCCCAGAGCUGUUGCCCCAGGAGAUAAAGGCUGGGAGGCUGCUGGGGGAUGAAGUCCAUGAGGGGUGUGAACAUGGAAUAGCUUUGGAGGGAGCAGGAGAUGCCCCUCACAAAUUCAGGACUGGGAAUCGUUUGAGUUUUCUGAAGAAGGAGAACCUGGAGCAGGCAGCAAACCACUUGGACAAACAUUUAGAGUUGCGUGAGGCCUUAAAAGCAACACAGUUUCCUCACUCAAGAUGGGAAUGUUCCCAGUUACCAAGAUCACCUCCAUGGGGUAAGACUAAGACUUCCCAACCAUCCUUUGAAGGAGCGUUAGAUAGUCUUUGGAGAUCCAAAGGAGAAUCAAAUCACCCUGGAGACAUUCAAGGGGGGCACACCAAGAUGGAGGAUUAUUGGAAGGCCAAAGAGGAUGUCUUAAGUGAGGGCCAAGCUUCCAUGGACGCACAGCAAGCCCUCUUCAGGGACUUCCGUUACCAGGAUGCCGAGGGGCCCCGCGAGGCCUGCAGCCGCCUCUGGUACCUCUGCCACUGCUGGUUGAAACCGGAGAGACACACCAAGGAGCAGAUGCUGGAGCUGGUGAUCCUGGAGCAGUUCCUGGCCAUCCUGCCCCCGGAGAUUCAGAGCUGGGUCAAAAAGAACUGCCCUCAAACCUGUGACCAAGCGGUGGCCUUGGCAGAAGAGUUCUUACUGAGACAGGAAGAGGACGAGGUGUCGGAGCAAAGGGGUUCAGUCCUGACCCAGGAGGAGGCCAUCAACUUCCACCCAGCCCAGACAUCUCAUCCCGGCCCUGAAGAGAAGCCGUUGUGCUCUAAAGCCAAACAGGAGACCAAGAGUGAAGCAGAUGCUCAGGGUGAUGAGUGGGUGAUGGAGAUGAAAGAAGCAAAACUCAAGCUAGAAAAUUCUGAGGCCGUGGAGCUCUUUGAAACUUCCCGGGCAUCCCACCCUGAGCCCCAGGAGGGCAGAGCUGCCUCCCCAAGUCUCAAGGGAUCGGAGCAGGGGAUGAAAAGCUACCUCAGUCCGCAAGGGGACGCCUUCUUCCCCUGCUUGGAGGAAAGCGGGGAAGCGAACCAAACCCUUGUUGUGAAGAGACAGCUCAGAAGUCGCGGAGAGAAGCUGUGCAACGUGUGCGGGCGAAGUUUCAGCCGGAGCACGGUGCUCGCCGCGCACCAGCGGACCCAUACGGGCGAAAAGCCAUUCAUGUGCCAGGACUGUGGGAAAUGCUUCAGCUUGAAAUCCACGCUGGUCGCCCACGAGAGGACCCACACGGGGGAGAGACCCUACAGCUGCUCGCAGUGUGGGAAAUGCUUUACCGUCAGCUCGGACCUCACCCGGCACUAUCGAAUCCACAUAGGGGAGAAGCCGUUCGGCUGCCCUGAGUGCGGCAAAAGCUUCAGCCGGAAAACUCAGUUGCUCAACCAUCACAAAGUCCACACAAGGGAGAAGCCGUACAAGUGUUCCCAGUGUGGCGAGGGUUUCAGCCGCAGCUCCAGCCUGAUGAUACACGAGGGCGCCCACACGGGGCAGAAGCCAUUCAGAUGCCCCGACUGCGAGAAGUCCUUCAACACGUCCUCCCAGCUGGUCAAGCACCACCGAGUCCACACGGGGGAGAGGCCCUACGCCUGUUCAGAGUGCGGGAAGAGUUUCAGCCAGCGGCAGAUCCUGAUGGUGCACCAGAGGAUCCACACGGGCGAGAAGCCCUUCAAGUGCGCCACCUGCGGGAAGUGCUUCUGCGACCGGGCCGUCCUCAUCCGGCACCAGAAAGUCCACACGGGGGAGAGGCCGCACCUGUGCAUCACCUGCGGGAAGAGUUUUUCGCACCGGGCUGUGCUGGUGAGGCAUCAAAAAAUCCACACCAGGGAAACACUCCACGCCCUGAAAUUUGAGGAGGGGGCACCCCCAGUGAAGGUUUCUAAAACAGCCUGCCACUCUUCGAUUUUGCCUUGACUUCGGCGUGGCUUGCAAACAACCCACAGCAGUUUACUGCCAUCUGUGUUUAGCCCGGCUGUAAAACAGCAGCUUAUAACACCCGUUCAGCUGGUUGCAAAGUGAUUUCGAAAUCCCAGUGAGAAGCUGUUCUACACCCCGUUAGGCUCCACUGUAAAAUGUGAUAAACCUCCCAUGGAUGCCAAUUGCGUGGUGGGGUUUCCUUCAAACACCCUUCCCCAAUCUGACAUCCUUAUGAUGGGUUGGAUAUCCACUCUUAGCACCCCCAGAUGGACGAUGAUGGGAAAUGUUUCUCAGUGGUGAUGGGGUUGUUGGCUGCUGGCACUGUUUUGCUCUUUUAUCCUACUUUUCAGACCUUUUUGCUUCUUCUCAACCUUCACCGUCUUCUAAAAGAGAUGAUUAUGGGAUUGAUCGAUCAACUGAUUCUGUGCUAUCAAGUUGUUUUUGACUCUAGCGACCAUGAGAUUAUGGAAUACAAACUGGAUAUUUCUGUGGAUUGGAUAUUCCCUCCCGCUUCCCUCCAGUGACAUUCAGCCUUAACCUGUUCCUUUAUCUUGGUCAUCAGACAUAAAUUAUACUGGCCAGCUUUCCUGCAGGGACUUCUGAGGUUUCAUGCUUGAAACACAAUGAGCACUUAGGAGAUUGUGCGGUAUAAAUGGUUACUGCAAUGUUUUUAAUAUUUUCUUUGUAUUUCUGUGUGUCUCACCUUUGAAUAAAACCUUGAAUUGUUUAAACAUAA